CGAUUGCCAUGUGAUCCCCCUCCCUACACCUCCCCUAUGCUCCCCCUUCCUUUCCUCCCCCCUGUCCCUCACCUCCCCUAUGCUCCCCCUUCCUUUCCUCCCCCCUGUCCCUCACCUCCCCUAUGCUCCCCCUUCCUGUUACCCCCCCUGUCCCACAGCAGGGAGGGAGAGAGGCAGGACGGCAGGGAGGGAGAGAGGCAGGAGAGCAGGGAGGGAGAGAGGCAGGACGGCAGGGAGGGAGAGAGGCAGGACAGCAGGGAGGGAGAGAGGCAGGACAGCAGGGAGGGAGAGAGGCAGGACAGCAGGGAGGGAGAGAGGCAGGACGGCAGGGAGGGAGAGAGGCAGGACAGCAGGGAGGGAGAGAGGCAGGACAGCAGGGAGGGAGAGAGGCAGGACAGCAGGGAGGGAGAGAGGCAGGACGGCAGGGAGGGAGAGAGGCAGGACAGCAGGGAGGGAGAGAGGCAGGACAGCAGGGAGGGAGAGAGGCAGGACAGCAGGGAGGGAGAGAGGCAGGACAGCAUGGACCAGGGGGGCGUGGGGCGGUGAGUGUGUGGUUUGGCUGAUGGCCAGACGGUGAGCAGGGAGCAAGAAUGCGACGAUGGCCUGGCCCUGGCGUUCGGCUUUCCCACUGCUAUGUGGCUCACUCCCAAUGGGGAGCUACAAUCAGGAUUCAUUUCCUUGGAUCACCCCCGAUACUUAUCAGACUAGGGCCAAAUGUGGAUGAGCAAUAGACUGGGGCGUAAGAAUAAGAUACAUGCUUCAGGGGGCCUAUGGCUGUAGCUACGAGGAUCUAUGUGGUGGCUAGGAUCUAUAUGCAUUCACGCAGAAGUCAAUGGUUAUAACAAGCUAAGAGCAGUCAGAUGCCUACUGGUUGUUCAUCAUCCGACCUGCUUUGAAAAGCUUGGGAAC